AUGGCUUCUUGUGUCCAUACCUCCAUAGGUGAUCCAGACAGACGCAGAACCAAGAUGUAUAAUUUGGCAGUACUGGGCGCCUGUUGUGUGGGCAAGAGUGCACUGAUCAUGCAGUUUAUUAGGAGUCAUUUUGUGACUGAGUAUGACCCCACCAUUGAAGAUUUCUACCAUAGACAAACAGUGGUGGACAAAGAGCCGUGCCAGCUGGACAUCCUGGAUACCUCAGGCACUGAAGAGUAUUACACUCUGAGGGACCAGUCCAUGCGCUGGGGAGAGGGCUUCCUCUUUGUCUACGCAGUGAAUGACCUCCGCUCUUUUGAGAAUGUGAAUUUCCUUUGGCAACAUCUGCGGAGGCUCAAGGGCACUGACCAUGUACCCGUGGUGUUGGUGGCCAACAAAGUAGAUGUGACCAACAGGCUGGUGGACCCCACAGUGGGCCAGGAGGUGGCCAGGAACUUCGGGGUCCCUUAUGUGGAGACAUCAGCAAAGACUAGGCAAGGUGUGGAGCAAGCCUUCCAUGAAUUAGUUCGUGAAAUUCAUAGGGUGAAAGCUGAAGAGGAGCUCAAGAGUCUCCCUAAUACUGAGCAGAGGGAGGCCUGUAGGCUCAAGUGUUGUACAAUCCAGUGA